AUGAGCGCGAGCGGAUCAUUGAUCUGUGGGACACUAGAAGUGCCGUUGGACUACACCGAUUCGAGCUCCAACAAAACACUGACUCUCGAUCUUGCCAAGUGGCCGGCGACCAAGAAGCCGGUCGCAGAGCCGAUUAUAUUCAACUUUGGCGGGCCUGGCGAGAAUGCGUUUGAGGGCCUUGGGUUAUAUGGAGAGGAAUUCCAAGCUAUCCUCGGAGGCCAUAAUGACUUGAUAGCAUUUAACCCUCGAGGUGUUGGAAACACUCUUCCGUUUUCGUGCUACACUGAUUCUGCUUCCCGGGAACUUGCCUCGCUUCAAGCUCCAGGGGACGGCAGAGCGUCCGACACAGCCUUGGGGGAAAUAUGGGCCCAGAGCGCAAAUGUCGCGCAAGCAUGUUAUGCCCUGAACAACCAGACUGGAAGUCUCAUCGGAACGAGCUUUGCGGCGAGGGACACGAUGCAGGUCGUUGAUGCUCUCCAGGGAAAGGAUGGUUUGCUGAAUUUCUGGGGAAUCUCAUACGGCACUACAGUCGGCGCUGUCCUUGCCGCCAUGUUCCCGGAGAGAAUGGGGUUUGUCGCACUUGACGGAAUUGAUAACCCUGCAGAGGUUCUCAAUGGAUACAACCCGCAAAAAGUUGUGGACGUCGACAAGGUUCUGGAGGGCUUCUGCACGGGCUGCAUGGCCGCCCCAGACCUCUGCCCUCUAGCAAACUACUAUGAGAACGCUGCCAACCUCGAAGCCGCGAUCUACAUGAUGCUCGACACGCUCAAGUUCAAUCCAAUCGCCAUUCCAGAAAUCGGUGGAGUCGUGACUUACAGCGACGUCAAAUCCACUAUCUACGAAGCGCUUUACCUCCCAAGCUCCUGGCCCUUGACCUCCGAGCUCAUUCUCUAUGUACAAGCCCGGAACACGACAGUCCUCGGACUUUCCGAGGUAUACGAGACGAUCAAGUCCUACGGCGAGUCGGCGUCUUUGACUUCAUCCGCCAAGGAGGCAGGCACCGGUGUCACAUGUUCCGACAGAGCACGGCCAGCCACCAUGGAGGACCUACUCCCGUACAUUCGAGCCAGACAAGCCCUGAGCAAGAUCGCAAGUGACAAUUCCAAUAGCGACAUGACAUGCGCUCAGUGGAACAAGAACAUGUUUGCCAAGGAGCACUACACCGGAAGCUUCGAUGUUAAGACAGCCAACCCGGUGUUGAUCCUCAGCAACACCUUCGACCCAAUCACUCCCCUUGCCGCGGCGAAGAACCUGACCGCGACCUUUGAGGGAAGUGUCUUACUGGAACAGAACGGAUACGGUCACACUACUCUAUCCAUGCCAUCUCUCUGCACCGCCAAGGCCAUCCGGGCUUACUUUACCAAUGGCACACUGCCUGCAAAUGGAACGAUCUGCCAGACAGAUGUGCCUCUUUUCACGGAGUUGACGUACAAGGAUGUGUGGCCGAAGAACUUCCAACGGAGUGUUGAGUCCAGAGACGAUACAUAUACCUUCAGAGCCUUGAUGUCGAUUCGGGAUAAGAUGUCUCGACGGAGGAUAUGGUAA